UUUGUCUUCUCUUCAGGAACGGCUCUUGAGGAUCAGUCGUGCAGCGCUAACUCGAAAACCACUGUCUCCAGGUAUCCUGUCCUUCGCGCUUAUCUGGAGCGCCACCACCAUGUUCACCAAGCUUUCGAUUCUUUUCCUAUACACGACGCUUUUCCCGGUUCCCCGCAUGCUGCUCGCGGCCCGCGUCGUCGGGGUCUUUCUCAUCCUCUGGUGCCUGUCUUCCAUCAUAGCCUCGUUCGCUAUGUGCCAGCCAUUCGCUCGCAACUGGGACCAAACGAUCCAGGGACACUGCGGCGACCAGCCGCUCUUUUACACAUGCCUGGGAGUUAUCAACAUCGUGUUCGAGGUUAUCAUUUUAGCCAUGCCCAUGCCCGUUAUCUACAGCCUCUCCAUGCCUUUGAGGCGGAAGUUUGCAGUGGCCGCCAUGCUCAGCGUCGGGCUCGCCGCAUGCGGCAUCACAGUUUACCGCCAAAUCACGCUACAGGGACUCAACUUUCUCGACAUGCCUCACUCUGGCCUAUUGGCCACCCUCUUUUCCGGCGGCAGCGGCCUGGGGUUCGGCAGCAAGGGCUCCAAGAAGCACAGGCAGCCGGGGCUCGAAACUCUCGCCAUGACGACUUCUGACGACUCGUCGGAUUUGCAGCUGCAGCCCCUGGAUGUGGAAAAUAUGGUCAACGUCUCGUCCGACUGGGACGCUGCCUUUGCAGCCCAUAACAAGACCGCCCCCAAAUUGUCCACAAAGGACAAGGUGCUGGGCCACAGUUCAUCAAGCUCGAAAAGCAGUGGGAAGACGGUGGUGCGAUCUGCAGGGAGGGCAUAA